CAAACCAGCUGGACCAGCUCUCCGGGUGCCGCCCUGCAGCCCCCCUCCCACCAGCCCAGUCCCGGCCUCCAGGGCACCUUCAGGCAAGCGGGUAGUGGGUCUCGAACUCAGAGACUGGGAAGUGGGCUUCUGGGCAAGAUGGCCCUGCAGAGCCAGGCCUGGUCUCCGGCCACACCCAUGCCCAUGGCCGAGAGCUCCCUCUAUCGGCAGCGGCUGGAGGUCAUUGCGGAAAAGCGGCGGCUGCAGGAGCAGAUCCGCGCGGCGCGCCGGGAACUGGAGGAGGAGAAACUCCGCGUGGAGCGGCUCAAGAGGAAAUCUCUCCGCGAGCGUUGGCUAAUGGAUGGGGCGGCUGAGGGGCCACAGCAGCCCGAGGAUCCCGGCUCGAAGGACCCCCAGUCGCCGGAAGGCCAGGCUCAGGCACGCAUCAGAAACCUAGAAGACAGCUUGUUCACACUCCAGAGUGAGCUGCAGCUGUUGCAAAGUGCGUCCACAGGUGCCCAGCACAAACCCUUGGGUAGGCUCACCUGGCGCAGACAGAGUCACCGUCCUGUCUCCCAACCCACCAUGGAGGCGGGUCUUGCAGGCCAGUCUGAGCCGGACAAGAGAGCUUCCCUGCCGACUGGACUGGUGGGCGCAUCCCCAGAGGUCCCCUCUGAGCCCCAGGAGGAGGCUGCGGGGGUCCUGCCACCACAGAGGCAGGUCCCUGGGGCCGUGGGGGCCUCCCCAGAAGCCAACGGCCCCUGCCCUGGACCCAGCCCUGGCAGGGAGCAGGAGCGGAGCCUGGGGGCGGCGGCAGCAGAGCGGGGUGUAGUGGAGGCCAAAGGGGUGGGCGUGGUGGAGGUGGUGUGGGAGGGCCUGCGGGCCCCAGGGGACUGUGCCGAGGGGACACCGGGCCUGGAGCUGGAGGCCAGGGUGGAGGAGGUGGUACUGGAAGCCAUUGGGGACAGGCAGGGGGCUGGCAGCCCCGAGCUCCCAGCCUGGGUGAAGGAGGGCAGGGGUGUGGCGGAGAUGGUCUGGGAGGGGCUGGGGGGCACCGAGUCGCAGGCCAGCGGGGAGGUGGGCCCAGAGGCCACACUGAGCAGCUCGCCAGGGCGACUGCAGGGAGAUGCUUCCCGGGAGGGAGAAGGUGCUCCCCCGGGCAGCCCCGAGGCCGAGGGGCAGGGGGGCUCUGGAGGAGAGGAGGGGUCCUUCAUCUGGGUGGAAAGAGCGACUCUCAGUGAGGACUGGGAGGAGCUGCUGAUGGAGGGGCUGGAGGGGCCCGUGGUGACCGAGGAAGGAGGCCAGGAAGCCUGGGAGGGGGGGAGGAGACGAGUAGAGGAAUCCCCGGGGGCGGGAGGUGAGGAAAGUGAGGCAAAGCCAGAGACAGGGAGGGACGCAGCUGUGAAUGCAAGAGAGGGGCCACAGCAGCCAGAGAGAGGAGGUGAGGGAGACGGAGCGGCUGAGGAGCCCUUGGGCACCGAGAUAAAAGACGGUGAAAGACCCUUGAGGGCAGAGGAGGAAAGGGGCCAGGACCAGCCAGAGGCAGAGGAAAGAGCUGAGGACCCGUCUCGAGUGGAGAGAAAAGAAGUCGAGGGGCCUUUGGGGACAGAGAAGGAAAGAGGGGAAGAAAAGCAAGCUACAGAGAAAGAAGCGGAGGAAGCUCUGGGAGUGGAGGGAAAAGGAGGCCAGGAAAUGCCGGGGGCAAGGGAGGCAGAGAGGGAAGGAGGUGAGACAGCCUCAGGGGCAGAGAGGGAAGGAGGUGCAGAGAGGGAAGGAGGUGAGACAGCCUCAGGGGCAGAGAGGGAAGGAGGUGAGGAAGCACCAGAGGCAGAGAGGGAAGGAGGUGAGACAGCCUCAGGGGCAGAGAGGGAGGGAGGUGAGGAAGGACUCGGGGCACAGAAGACUCAGGGGUCUGAGGAAGAGCUGGGCUCAGGAGGGCAGAGAGAGUCUGGGGAAAGGACGGAGUCCCAGGAGGAGGUGAGCGAGGCCGGGGCCACCCUUGGGGUCAAGCAGGAGCCAGUGCCGGGGGAGGAGGAAGCCGCGCAGCUCCGAACCCCUGCGGAGGGCCAGGGGCCCCCAGGGGACGCCGUGCCCCUCCUGAGAGCCAGCCCAGCCCCACAGCAGCCCACCGAGAGGCAGCCUCUGCUCCAGCGGGGGAGGCCCAGAGCCAACCCCAGUGCCCACCCCGCGCCCACCUACGCACCCGCCCGGCAGCCUGAGCCGGCCGCCCGGGCCGAGGGCGAAGAGGCCAGGGGCCCCAAGCAGAAGUCAUGCCAGUGCUGCGCCCUGAUGUGAGCCACGCCCCCGGCUCCGCCCACAGCUACCUCACCUCUGGGCACCCGGCAGGGGGCUCCAGGCACAGCCGGCCCCACCAGACCCGCUGGCCUGCACGUCCACCUUGCCCACUGCCUGUGACCCCGGCUCCCGUCCGUGACAAAGCCUUUAUACUUGAAAAUAAACCCUUAAAGCACUUGGA